AUGUUUACAAUUCUGGGAAUUCUCAUUCUGUGUGUGACCAAAAUUUGGGCCACGGACUACGUCUUGCGGGUUGAGGAUUCUGAUGUUUAUACUCCGUGCACCGAAGGACCUCCAGGAUCAAUUAGCAUAAACGAAGCCUUCGACGUGAGCGAAAUGGUAGUGGAUAUGGACGAGGAAGGACUUCACGUUUCUGGGAACAUAACAACCCUCUGGGAUUUCCCUCGCACCGAUCGAAUUUCCGUCAGGGUAUAUGUUCUAUACUUCAAUCGCGGCACCUGGGAACCGACACUAUUUAGCACUUAUACGCCAGAUUUUUGCGCCGUUAUGUUCGACCCAAAUAUAUUCUGGUUUAAGUACUGGUUCAAAAACUUUAUCAAUCAGGAUGAAAUACAAGAGAUGUGCCUUACGACGAAGGGUACCGUUAUGCGGUAUAAUUCGUUUCUUGUGGAGCCCAGGAUAAACAAUGUGUUGGGACCACCUCUCAAAGGACGCUACAAAGUGGUAUUUACUAUCGAGUUAUUUGAUGAAAAUAACCAACGGCGACCGACAUCCGUGUGCUUCGAGGUGACAGGCGAAGCCGAGAAAGUAAGGAUGUAAUCUUUUUC